UGAAUUCUUUGUUUCUUUAUUAGGUUCUAACAUUUGUACCUUUUUUUCCUUUUUGUGAUAUUCUAGUUGUAAACAAAUUAAAAUAAUUUCUUUCCAAAAUGUUGCCUAUACUCAACCAACCCGAUCUGAAAGAGGUGGCAAAAAUAGAGAGAUACAAGAUGGUCGAAAAUGAAAGGCGGAAAAGAAUAUUUAACGCUAAGCAGAGGCAGAUCGGAGUCGACUUUGACACCCUUCAGUACCAGAUUCAGGAAAAGAAAGAACGUGAAAAGGCAGAGAAAAUUGAGGAAAUGAAAUACUUAGAGAAGCAGAAGUUAGACGGACAUGUUUUAGAACAGCUAGUGAAGAGGGAGGCUGAGGAGAAAAGGAGAGUCGGCCAACAAAUUGAUGAAUAUAGGAAGAGGUAUCAAAAGUUCGAGGACAGGAGGGAGUUUGAUUUAAACGAUCCUAACAGGUUUAAAAAAGAUAUUUUUGAGCCAGACAUUAAUGAUCCUCGAUUUGGGAUAUCUUCACUUAAGAGAUUUGAAGGUUCAGAAGACGGUGAAACGAGUGAAAUAAGAAAACGUAUUUUACAGGACCAACAACAAAGUUGGCUUCUUCAACAAAUGCUGGAAAAGGAAAAGGCGAAGAGAGAUAUGAAACUGGCCGACCAGAUUUACGAAGAGGCCAUGAAAGCGAGAGACGAUAGAUUUUUCGCCAUGAAGACGAUGGAAGACGAAUGUAAAAGGAAAUUAGAAAUCGCUACAAAAGAGUACAACAAAGCCAUGGCGGUCAAGAAGCUAAGAGACGAGAUUGAAGAAAUGCGUAUAAACAUGGAAGACGAAUAUACUCAUAAGAUAAAUCAAAUCUCCAGCGAUUUUUUGAGCGAGACAAAAGACUCGAGAAGCGCGCUUAAUCCGAAUCGCCCGGUCACGACAAUGUUCAAAGGUCUAUCGGAUGAUAAGUUAAAGGAAAUCAGACGAGCUCAAUUGAAGCAGAUCGAAGAGAAAAAAGCGAUAAAACGCGCUGAAGAGUUGGAAGAACAUUAUUACUACACGUAUCAAGAACAGAUACAAAAGUCACUGCAAAUCGCUGAUGCUAUACAAGGCAAAAAGGAGAUUAAAAACGGCGAAGAGCUCAGACUGGAAAAUAAGAGGCUUAUGGAGGAACACAAAGCUAAGUUGAACUAUUUGAACAACGUUGUCUAUACAAACAGACCAUCACCAGAGUAUUUCGAUCAAUUCAACACUUCAACAAGAUAGGUCAGAAAAUUCUACGAUGAUGACGAUAAAUCAUUCAAGCAGGUCAGAAAAUUGUAUGAUGAUGUCGCUAAAUCAUUCUAGCUUUUAGUUUAUUCAACACAAAUAAAUAGAACCAUACUAAUUAAA